AUGACUUCACCUCCAGGCAGCCCCUCGCCGGAGGCAGGACUACCACAACAAAAGGCGAAUGUUCGUUCAUACCCAGAUCAGUCACAUCUUGCGCCAGCCGACCGGUUUGAUCAAUACAAGUAUGUGCUGAUGUUCGCGGACGCCGUCGCGAAAGGCAGGGGGCGCAUGACACCAGAUCACCCAGAACUGAGAUGCGACAUUUAUCCAGAGUCGUGGAUCAAACUGUGGAAGGAAGAAGGUUCGAAGUUUGCCCUGUGCGCAGAAAAGAGACUAUUUCGAUUCUUCUACCAUAAGCAGCGCUCACUUCUGACUAUUCUGCCUCCUCAAUCCCAUCGACACCACGCCAUCUGUGCAUUGCUUAUGCGGCUGGCGUACGAAACGAAAUCAACGUUGACAUCUACUCUCGCGGAUGAAAUGUCGAUCCUGCCGGGUGCAGGUAUUCUCGAGGAUAAAACGUCGAUCAUGUGGGGUGCAGCUGUUCGAAUGAACAAGAACGACUACGAGCCAUCGGUAAAACAACCCGACAUACUUAUCCAAUGGCACCAGCACCAGAAUGUGUCGGAUACGAAAUUUCACACGGUUGUCGAAAUUGGUCUGUGCCAACCGCUCGACGAACUCCAAAGUAUCGCUCGGUUGUAUUUCAUCGCCCACACCGAUAUUCAACGCGUUGUCCUCAUCGAUAUAAUCGAAACACCACAAUAUGAACUCCACAAGAAAGAAAAGUUUGAAGAUAUAGGGUGUUUCAUCGAUGUCACUCAGAAACUUCGAAGAGACGAGAGCACGGGUGUAAUUUGGUUUGGCCAGACCAAGAUUGUCGGAGAGUCGAUGAUAAUAUGGGAGGUGUGGGAGCGAGACGGGCCGGGUCGACAUUUCGUGGGAACGGCGGCGGGUGGACUGCUGGUCAUGAAGCAGAUGCUUGUGGGCCCCUUGACCGAAAAGUAUGCUAUGGCCUGGACGACACCCGACGUUGAGAAACCGCUCCUCGAGGCGGACGACCUCGUGGACCUGAUCCGGCACAACUCGGCAUCGGACAUCAACAUCUUCCCCGACGAACCGUUCGGCAGAGGCGGCAAUUCAACCAACACAUUGUUGGAGAUCGGUGCGUUCACGGGUUGGAGAACGACGUGA